AUGAAUGAAAACGAAAGCAGUUUUUACUAUCAAAAGAAUCAUCACACAUCAUCAGUGGAAGUAGUAGGAGGAGGAGAAUCAACAUCUCCAAUCGAAGAGGAAAUUACAACACUACAAGUUCCACAACGAUCCAUAAAACAUCAUUCAAAUCUUCCAAUUCAACCCAUGAAGUUUGUACUCAUUUCCGAUACACAUUGUAUGCAUGAAAUGGUUGAUCUGCCUGCAGGUGAUGUUCUACUGCAUUGUGGUGACUUUACCAAUACUGGAUUAUUCACAGAAGUUGACACGUUUUUUGAAUAUUUAAUUAAACAAUGUGAUGGAGUAUUUAAAUAUAUUAUCAUGAUUGUGGGAAAUCAUGAAUGGUCACCUGAUAUUAUUGUCUAUCCACGAUUUCAAAAGUAUUUCCGAGAGGAAAAAUCCAAAUCCACUCUCAAAUCACAAUAUUAUUUACUGUUGGACGAAAGUGUGACGAUUGUGGACGAUAAUAAUCAUUCUAUCAAGAUUCAUGGAGUGAGAUAUAGAGGAAAUUGGGCACCACCUUUGUUUUGUAAAAAGACAUCGUUUAAUAUUCCGAAUGAUAUUGACAUUCUAAUGACACACUUUCCAUGUUGUAAAUUCAAUAUGGAUAGAACAUCAAAUGGAUCAUCGAGAGGAUCUGAAGAGUUGACCACAUUGUUGGACUCGAAUCAUUUCACAAAUUUAAAGGUACACUGUUUUGGUCAUAAUCACUGUCCAAAAGCAAGAGGAUUUGCCUAUGAGAAGGAGAGUGACAGAAUGUAUAUUAAUGCAAUUUCUGUUAUUGGCAAUAAGGAAGACAAACUAAUUGGAAAACCUUUUGUUUUUGAAUUUUAA